AUGGCUCAUUCGCACGAAGCGCUAGCUAACGGAAUUGAGGUGGAUGGCGAAAGACCCCUCAGAGAAUAUGAAACCAAAAAUCCAGACAUGAAGUCAAUGGUAACAAUCCAGAACGACCUUGCAUCUCUAGCCAAGACUCUGGAGGCUGCCCAAAAGAAGCUUGAUAAGAUUAAAGAUAAAGGCCCCAAACAGGCUUCAAAAGUGCCCAGCGCACAGGCUGCCGUGGACGAUGCCAGAGCGCAAUGGCAGUCUAGAGCACCCUUUGUUCUCGAGCAACUGCAAGCUGUUGAUGAACACCGUGUCAACCACCUGCGAGACAUCCUUACUCAAUACCAAACUCACGAGACAGACCAUGUUGAACGCAGUCGCCAGGCAGUAGAGAGCUCUCUUAACUCGUUACUAAACAUAGAAGCGGGUGAGGAGAUCCGCACGUACGUUAACAAGAAAAGCGGAGGACGAUUGCCCUCUGAGACCGUCCCAUCUACCCCAGCUCCAACUUCGCCUCGACAGGAUACACCGACAAGUCCUAAACCAACCCCACCGGCUGCGACAGAGCCACUGCCGUCUCCUCCUCCAGUCCAUGAUGACGAUGCGAGUCAGCGUUCUGGUACUUCUGCACAGCGUCGCCCCAGCCUCCAACAGGCCCCCGAGCCUCGCCAUACUGCCUUUGGCGGCCUAAAACGACUUGGAACGGUUAUGGGGAGACGCAAGAGCAUGAUUGUUCCUUCUACUGGGCCUACUGAGAAGAAAUUUCGAUCUCCUUUCACCACAUUCCGCCGUACCGAUCCAUCCCGCAAUUUUCAACAGAUGGACGAAUCAGAAGGACAUCAUAGCUUAGAGGCGGUUACUUCAAUGGAAUCACAAAGGCCACCGUCAUCUACUAUGAAUGAAUCGGCAUUCAUUGAAUCACCUCCUCUGCCGGCGCCGAAUGAUAUCCCUGAGGAACCUGCAGCAGAAGAAUCGACUGCAAUAAAUGGGCAGUCAACAGACGCACCUGGUCAAACCUCACAAGUCGAUGCGGAAGGCUACUCUCAGAGACCGGAUAUAGAAGAUGAAAUUACACGAGUUCAAAGGGAAGCCGCUGCUGUUGACGAUUCGGGCAUAAACCUAACCAUUCGAGACCAGCCAAUUCCAGAGGAUGAAAGCGAGGCUAAACAAGCAUUGAACCAAGUGGCAAACACUCUACGACUUAAAGCACAACAAUCUGGCGCUGCUCGCGGCCCUGGGACCGUUAGAGGACGUCGUGAUGUACGAAAUACCAUGUUCUUCCCUCAACCUCCGCUCCCAGGCAAUGGUCACAGUGCUGAAAACCCCUUCCCUGCUUUGAGUAACGCUGUAUCGGCACAGCCAGGAACUCCCGAGAUGCCAAGGAGCGAGGCAUUGCCGGAAAAAGUUACCCAGGAGGACCAUAUGCCGGAUAAUACCUCUAUUCAUUCCUCGCAGACUCUGCACAGCCUAUCGGGGCCAAUCACACACCCUGUACUACCGGAACCAGGUCUUAAUGUUUCCAUUGUGGAGAAAUUAACCGUCAUGUUAUCAGAGGGGGUUGUUACCAGAUCACUUGUUGUCGGAGAGCUUGCUCUUGCAUACAAUAACCAUACAUCAGCAGAAUAUGCCUCGGAAUCGCAAGUUAUCCGCCUAAACAACUUUGGCAUCCUAGAACGGGUGGCUGCGAACCCGCAAUUUGUUAUGGAGAGGAGCAUAACUACAUCUGGGGGUGAUAUACCGCAUGAUGAUUCCUCCAAAGGCCAAUAUCAAGUACGUCUAGCACAGAUUACGGGUCCUACGCCAACAGUUGCCUUCAAAUAUCAGAUCCAUCUGGACUCUUCGAACCUAUCCUCAUACUGCCCUGUUAUCUUCACACCUGUUUGGAACGAGGAGGAAUUUCAAGCAAGUGUAAUUGUACAAUAUUCGCUGAACUCUCAAUUUAUCUCCUCCGACUCGAGUGCAUCUGUUGUUCUUCACAACCUGGUGCUAUCGGUGGGUCUGGACAUAUCACAAGUUGACGAAACAACUAUGCGUCCUCGUGAAGUUGCUAAAGCAGUGGGUGCUGCCAUGCACCCAAGCACUGGUGCCGUUUUCCGACGCAAGAAUUCGUCCGUCACAUGGAAGAUCCCGGAACUAGAGAUUAGGCCCGGCGAGGAUGGGAAAUUUCUUGCUAGGUUUACAACAUCGACGAGCGGGCCGAGAAGGGGAAAGGUCGAAGCCAAGUUUGACGCGACAUGCAGCAACAAUACUUCGAGGCUCGGUAUGAGUGUGCUUACUUCUCAAUCAAGUGCAAACUCAGACCACAAAGACAAAGAAGAUGACCCAUUCGCGGAUGACGGCCUAGGUACUUCUAAAGAGGGAGAUUCCUCUGUGGAAUCUUGGGCAGAGCCUUUGACUGAACGUAGACUCACUAUUGCGAAGUACGUCUCGGCAUAG